AUGGGGAGUGUGCCAAGGAAGCACCUGGUGAUGGCGGCGAGUAGUGAGGAUGCGGCAAUGGAGCAUAUGGAGAGAGGGUUGGAGAAGCAACGGCUGUGCUGGAAUGCGUUGAAUAUGGAUGAUAGUUCUCAUGACAUGAUAUGGGUCGGGAGGAUGAGUGUCAAGGACCUGAAUGGACUGUGGUGGAAACUGUCUCCAAGGACAGGCAAAGAACACCCAGCCAGCUAUGAAGAGGCUACUUCAGAUUAUGAGGAGAUGCAAACCCAGUUCUCUUGGGAUGACCAGGCCAUCAGGAGGAUCUUCAUCAGAAAGUGCACCAGUGAGGUUCUACAUUCAGACACACCCCCUCCUGUACAUGUGCUCCUAGAGACAGUUUCCCUGGAACCUUGUUCUGCUGGCUCUCUUUACUCUCAGCCUGGCCUGCAUGAUGGGCUUUGUGUCCAGAUUGACUUCACCUCCUACCAGGGAGUCCUGUUUGUCCUGACCACGGUCAUGCUGUUCUGUUGCAUCACACUCUCCACCGUCAUCCCCUUCGGAUAUAUGUCCUGGUUACAAGCCAUCUAUGCUGUGAUAGGAGCUAUCCUCUCCACUCUGGUGAGUGGCAGAUAUUCAACACACAUUCAUCAUUGGGAAGGCCCAGAGUUUUUCCUGGUCAAGUUUCUGGCGUUUGACACCCAGCUGCUGAUAGGCAACAAGCGACACGCUAUGAGUCCAGAGGAAUACGUCUUUGCCACCCUGAACCUCUACCUGGACAUAGUAAACCUGUUCAAAGGCGCAUCUCAAUAGGUUGUCCAGUUAUGUCCUACUCCUCGAAAUUUGUCUAAAAACCACUAUUUUUCUCAAAACAUAUAUAUUUUUUUACCCUUUAUUGUGUGUACUUUACUGUAUUUAUACUUGGGAUAUCGCUUUUCAACAGUAAAAGUUUGAAAUAAAAAUAGAUUUCUUUCUUCUUCUCAAA